GAGGGUCCCUUGUGAUAUUUAUUAUUGAGAGAGAAAAUUCAAUUUUUUUGGAGAGAGGGUAUCCCAAUUCCCACCUUAUGUUAGCAUUUUUUCUGCCCAGUUCCAUACUUCCAUGGCAUGUUUAGAUAUGUACAACCAAAAUUCUGAACACAAAGGCCUUGGCGGGGCUCCUCCAAUGAGCCCCAGAAUUUCCUUCUCAAAUGACUUUGUUGAAUCCAGCAGUAGCCGUAGCCAUUCUCAGCAGCAGAUUAGUGCACCUGUGUCCUCAGAUUUUGAGUUUUCUGUGUCAAAUUAUUCAAUGAUGAGUGCUGAUGAGCUUUUCUUUAAGGGCAGGCUCUUGCCAUUUAAGGAAAGUUCAAGCCAGAAGAUUACUACUCUGAGAGAUGAAUUGCAAAAUGGAGAAGAUGAAGAAGGUGUGGGUUUUUCAUCGAGGCCUCCCAAGAAUUUUACCAGAUGGAAAAAAGGCUUUUUAGGACUAAGAAAAACAAACACUGGGUCCAAGAAAUCUGCAGAUAAGAGUGAAGGAUAUGUAGAAAAAAGGACUGGCUUUCAUCAUGAGGAUACUCAAUGCAGCAAAAGUUCACAGGAUUCUGUUGAAUGAUGAUGGGAGCUAGGGAGGGACGAGUAGCAGGAACUUGAGUUUGACUGUAUUGUAUUGUAUUUGGUCUGUAGAAGUAUCAGACUAUUUUUGGGUACCUAGGAAAAUUGGGCUGACUUCUGUUUUAGAUGAGGUUUGGGUGAAGAAUUAUGUGAAAUAACCUAUUUGUAUUAGUUAAGUUGGCAUGGAUUUAACUUUUGGUUCCUAUUUUAUCUGUUAUUUGAUAAAUUAGUUUUUUUUUUUGUUUCAAUCAUGUAGAAGUGGU